CUAGCAACAAAGGAACACAGCAACACAGCAACGCAGCAACAGACACGCCCAUUUCGCAUCGAAACACUCCGCGGAGCGAUCGCAUCGUGAUUGGAUCGUUCCGAUGCAGCCCAACAUCCCCCCGAUGCCACGGCCACCGGAACCGCCGGUCCCGGGACGCCCCAACCGCAGCGCAAACCGGGGAACGAGGGAGGCGGAAGAGCUCUUCGCGGCCGCCCUCUCCUCCCUGGCGGAGGACGCGGCGGCCGUCCGGCAGCUCUCGGACGUCGCGAGCCUCCUCGCUGCCGGCGGGGCGGACGCGGGGGAGCAGAGGGAGCGCCUCACCGGGCUGGACCGCGCCAUUGCGGCGGUGGAAACCAGGGUCGGCGCCCUCCGGCAGAUCCUGAACGAGGAAAAGGCCGCGGUGGCAAGGUUCGAAACGAUCCUAGCGGAGGAGGCCUCUUCGCAGGCCGAGCUGAUAGGGGCCCUGCUGGCCACCAUGGACCGGAAGCGGCGGGAAGAAGAGCAGCAAGAUGGGCACGGGCAGCAUCGGGACAGCGAUGCCAAAACACCCGGGAAAGAGGUCGGAUCGGACCAGAACCAUGGGGCGAGGCAUUUCAAUGGUGCGGACGGUUCCCUAAUCGGCAGCAACAGCGGCGAGCACCAUUCGUAUUCGGGAGCGCCUCAGCCCCGCAGCGGCCGGAGGGCCCUGCACGCACGAUCCCCCGGGGUGGCGAACGCUGCACCGAACUCCAAUUCCUCCCGACACCCCUCGCAAAGAAUCCGGAACCAUGCGCGGAAGAAGCCCAACAGUUCGAUUGAGACGAAGAAUUCCUCCCGAGACGGAGAAAACGUAAAUCCCACCGAAACCGGCAGCUGCGAAAGCGAAGACGGCGGAGACCAUCCGUCCUUCCUUCCGGUCACGGAAGAGGAGCUUCGGCUCCAGCUGCGAUUCGGGCCGCACCUGUGUCGCUACGACAUCAACGAAGCCCUGGAGGAGAUCCGGGAAGUGGUCCGGAAAAAGACGGCGCUGGACCGCAGCCUCGGUGCCGGCCACCAACACGGCCGCACCACCAACAGCCUCCAGCGCCGCUUCGAGUACCUCCGGCAGAGGCAGCGCCAGAACGCCGGCUCCUCGCUGGAGGAAUGCGAAACCGACGCCCACAGAGGCCACGACUGGGUCUCGGAGCAGGAGCUCCGGGAAAACUGCGCCUUUUUCCGGCACGGGGAAUCCACGGCCCGGGCCACGCUCCAGCUCCUGUGCUCCCUCAAGCGCCUCCGGCAGGUCCCGGGCCGCGGGUCCGGGGUCGUCACCUAUCUUUGCCUGUUUGCAAGGUGAGUGACCGGUGCGGUGAAGUGCGGUAUGAUGUGAUGUGAUGUGAUGUGAUGUGAUGUGUGCGAACGGCCGGGGGCCGCGGUGGCAACCGCACCGCAGCAGCGUAGCAAAAACCAUAACCCAGUGUAGAGAACGACUUG